AUGCCUCGUCCUACUAAACGCAAGCGGAAGGUACGGCUAUCCGUGGAGAACAAUUUCGACUUAUCGGAGGAUGUCGCUUUUGAGUCAGAAUCUGCUACUUCUAGGCCUCCGUCCGCGAAGGAACCAGAUUUAAAAUUUAAGAUGGAGCAUUUGCGUUUCCUGCUGAAGGAAGGGCUUGCUACGCUAGAGGUGAGAGCAAAGACGGGAGACGCUACCGGUCUUCAGUCUACUCCUCGCCCAUUGGUGGCUCAAGCUGCAUCGUUGGGUGGGUUGCUGGUUAACUGCCACAGGGACAAGGACAGUGACAUGCUGUCGGCACCGAACAGGGCAGACCUGGAAGAUCGGCAGAGUAUUAAAGCUCAGAUUCAAGAACUUCGAAACGCUCAGGACAAAGGAAACCAUCUGUCUACAGAGAGAGAGUCGUCAUCUGAUGUGCUUCUACUCUUAACUGGGACUCCUAGAGGACAGUCCUCUUCCUCCUCCUCCUCCUCCUCCUCUUCAUCUUCAACAUCAGAACCUGCAAAUGUGUCGGUGUCACAGGCUACUGAGCAUUCCACCCUCAGCACAGACUCUGAACAGGAAGAACCAUCACAGGAUGACAACUUAGAGAUCCGGGCAGAGCAGAUCAGCAAAGCUUUAAAUGGCCAAACUCAAGAUCACUGGGGAAAGAACUCCAAAAUCACACUAGACUGCGAAGGCAACAAUGCCAACAUCCUUUCCAGGGUUGUGAGAGUCCAUGAGCCAUUACUCCUGGGAACUAAUAACCACGUUGUGGAGUCCACAAGUAAUUGGUCGGGGCAAAAUAAUACUUUGAAGGAAGGCACCUACUUACCAGACACUGCUGCUUGA